AUAAGGUGCAAAGGUGAACAGAUGAAUGCAUUACCACAAACUCGCAACACACACCCUGUGUGGAGUACAGGACAUACAUCAGAUAUGGUCCAUCUUAUAUCAGUGACCCUGCUCUUCUCAGUAGUGUGUGGUAUCAGGGCAGAUGUUCCUCACCGCUAUCACUUUGUGAAUGAGAAUAAAACCUGGAGUGAAGCUCAGACUUACUGCAGAGAGAAAUAUACUGAUUUGGCCUCCAUCAACAACAUGGAAGAGAUGAUAAAGCUGGAUCACACACUGAAGAAGGAAACUGCAAAGCAAGCUUGGAUCGGUCUACAGAGAGGGGGCACUGGGAAAUGGCAGUGGUCUCUGGCAGACCAAACUUUCUACAGAGACAGAGACACGUAUAGAAACUGGGAUAGUGGACAACCUGGGGGAACUGAGUUCUGUGUUCUAAUGUAA